AUGCUCGGGAUAAUCCUCUCCCCGCACUAUAUUUGGAGAGUCAUCGCGAGCUCAAAUCAAUGCUUUCAAUCACGACCAGAUAUUUGCGUCCCCGUCUUGAAUGUCACCCACUAUGAGCAUGGCUAUGUUACCCCAGGCUAUAUCUUCAUCGCCCCUUAUGAGGUAGCGACUUUUGACGAUGGCCCUUACAUAUACAGCCAUACCGGGGAACUAGCCUGGGCUGGCGCAGUAGGCAACGAAUUCGUGCACAAUCUUCACCCCUGUCAUAUCGAAGGCCAUGAAAAGAUAUGCAUGUUGUCAAUGCAGCAUGGAGUUGGAGUCCAAGCAUCUGGCCCCGUCGUUGCCUUAGAUCCAGGCCUAUACACACGCGGAGGGGAAAGAGACUUCACUGAAAUCCUCGGUGGCAAAGAACCAGACCUACAUGAGUUGAAUGUUGUCGAUAAUGGAACUGCCGUUUUGACAACAUGGCUAAUGAAUCGGCCCUGGGAUCUUUCUCCAGUUGGAGGCCCGGUGAACGGAUACCUGAGGAGUUCUGGGUUCCAGGAAAUUGAUAUUCAAACCCAAACUGUCAACUUCAUGUGGGACGCUGCAGAUCACAUUGAAAUAGAAGAGUCGCAUAUGGAGCUUACACAUAGACGAUGGGGUAAUGGUAUCAGCCCCGAAACUGACUGGGACUUUUUUCACAUUAAUUCCGUGGACAAAACCAAAAAUGGGGAUUACUUGAUCUCUGCACGCCAUACAAGUACCAUCUACAUGAUCUCCGGGCAGAAUGGCACUGUCCUCUGGAGACUCGGAGGCAAACGACCCGACUUCACAUUCGAAGCUGGAUUGAACUUCAGUUCCCAACACCACGCCCGAGUACAAGAAGAAGAAAGCAACAGUAUCGAAAUUUCGCUGUUUGACAACGGAUUUGACGAGUGGCACCAAACUGCGCUUUCGUCAUCUGGCCUCGUACUGCGCGUGGAUAUGCAAACCAUGCACGUUUCUCUAGUCCACCGCUAUCUCUCGCCUAGAAGAAUCCUCACCAACAAAACAGGAAGUGUACAGUCGUUGAAAAAUGGAAAUGUCUUUAUCUAUUGGGGAGGCACCCCAUUCCUGAGUGAGCAUACAUUGGAUGGCUCGCGUGUUGUUUUCGAGGCGCGAUUAGCAGACCCCACUGGAUACUGGUAUCGUGGGUGGAAGGCGAAUUUCACCACCACACCGACUACUAGUCCAGAUGUCUAUGCUGUGUCGGAUCAUAUCUCGGGACCUACGACGUGGUUUGUCUCUUGGAAUGGGGCUACCGAGGUGCGUGGAUGGAGAGUAUAUGCUUCGCAAGAGGAGUUGGGUGGGUAUAAGUUCAUUGGAUAUUUUGAGAAAACUGGAUUCGAGACCAAGAUUGAGCGCGAGGAUUUCUUUGCGUGGUCUAUCAUUGAAGCUGUCAAUGGUAUCGGGUUGUCCCUAUGCAAUUCCUCUGCUCCAAUCCGUACCUUCCGCCAGGAUUUGGCUAGGGACGAUGAGCAGAGUGUGUUGAGAGAGCUAUACUAG